AUGGAAAGAACAAGAUAUGCAUAUGAAAAGUAUCGUGAAGUUAGAAGUCAAAUUACAUCUGGUCGAACCUUUACAGUAAACUUUGACGAAGGAAAGAACAAAGAAGGCUUCAUGGGAGUACUUGCUGCAAUUCAAGACGGAAAUAAGAAAGGACACAAUCUCAGAUUGACCAUAACAGAUUUGGAUGGUCACAUUUACUAUGCACAUGGCAAUGAACAAACAGCCGCAAAACUUCUUGACGCUUUCAAGACUACAAAGAGAGAACAAAUGGUUGACUCCGACUCAGACAUUUUGAAUGCAAUUGAAGGAAUUGCAAGUGUCAAGUUCGAAUGGUACCAACCUAACCCUCAAGCAGUCAGACAACAUGCUGGAUACUUCCCCUUCAUAAAUAAGUCUGACAUUGACUUGACAAGGUAUGGAAUUUACAAUUCAAUUGAAACAA